ACUGGACUGUGUUCGCUUUCUUUUUCACGAGAGGCGUGCAGUGAUAUUGUGAUAUUGUUCACCUGUUACCUGCACCGGGAACGGUUAUCCAGCCACGGUAUCCAGCCACGUUGGAGCAAGAGGCAGACUCUUCAGCUGUUCCUAGCUAUAACAGAGACAGAAUCUUGCCUUGUGGAUAACUCUACACUGCUCCAGAGGCUGCUCUGUGCUCCCUCAGAAUGAACUAUAAGGUGCUUUGUCAUCCCCCACAGAUGCCUACAGAGCUGCCAGAGUCUUGGGAUAACUUCAGGAAGGCCUCGACAUAACCUGUGGGAGCUUGGGAACCCCCCACCCGGCAGAGUAAGGAAGCAGGGAUGGAUUGUUCAGUGACCUUGAACACCUCCCACCCCUGGAUGUUUGCCCCUCUGCUUACCAGAGGUACAGUCCAUGUCUUCAUCCCCUUGAAGUGGGGCCAGCCUCAUGACUUCCUUUGGUUAAUGGCAUGUAGCAGAGUGACAUGGUGCUGGUUCCACGCCUAGGUCCCAAGAGGCCUUGCAGCUUCUUCUGUGCCCUCUGGGAUCCCUGCUCUGAGAAUGCCAUGUGAGGAAGCCAGGCCAGGCUACAGGGAGAUGAGGUGCCACCUGGAAGGAAGCUGGUGUACCAUUGGGGGCGGGGGAGCCGAUGGAGGGGAACCAGCGGGCCCGCGGAGAGCCAGCAGCAACUUCCAGACAUGCAAGUGAGGCCUUCUGGCACCUUUCAGCCAUGUUGGUCCUCCAGCUGAGCACAGCACAGGGAGUGAGCCCAGGCGAGGCCAGCAGAGAACUACCCAGCUGAUACAUGGAGUGGUGAGAAAUAACAAGUGUUUGUUGUUUGAUGCCAUUAAGUUUGGGGAUGGUUUUUACUCAGUAACAGAUAAUUAAAACAGAAGACCCCUUUCCUUUGCUUCUGAUCUGCCAGCCCUGAAGCCAUCUUCACUGAGGUGGGGUUGUAGACAUACCACUCUCUCACACCUGAGUAGUGGGUGGCACACCUUUGCCCUGACUUCAUCCUGUGAUGCUCUAGGUCUUGACCCAGACACCACCUCUCUCAGGGCAGUGGUUCCAUAUUCUGGUUGUGUAAUACAAUCUUGGUGGUAAUUUAAAAAUAUGGCUCCUGUUCCUAUUAUUUAUUGCACAACAAAUCACCCCAGAACUUAGUGGUUUAAGAGAGCAACAACUUACUUUGCUUAUAAAUCUGCAAUUUCUCAUGAUGGAGACAGCUUGUUUCUGUUUCUUAGUGUCAGCCAGGGUGUCUCAAAGACUAAAGGCUGGGAUCAUUUGAAUUCUUGCACUCUCAUAUGUCUGGGAGUUGAGGCUGGCAAUUGGCUGGGAACCAUCAGUCACAACAGCUUCAUGUGGCCAUUUCACAUGGCUGCUUGGGCUUCCUCACAACAUGGUAGCUGGAUUCCUAGCAUGAAUACUAUACCUCAAAAGAACAGGGCAGAGGUAGAUGGAAUUUGUACGACCUGGCCUCAGAAAUCACAUAGUGUCAUUUCCUCUCUCUCUUUUGACUGAGGCAGGUCACAAAGGUCUGCCCAGUUUCCAGGGGAGGGGUCUAGACCCCCCCCGCCCCCACUGGGUGGGAGGAAUGUGAACCCCAGGAUGCCUGCCAGAAGAUUAUGUGGGAGGGGAUCUUUUGAGGUGGCUGUCUUUGGAAAAUACAAUCUGUCACUGGUUCUUAAGCCCCACCUCUGGAGAGUGACUUCCACAGGUCUUUAAUGAAGCCUCAGAAUUGUAUUUUUGACAUGUAGGUGUUUCCAAUGCACAUCCAGGAUGGCACAUUGGUCCUUGGUCCAAGACCUCUGGCCUCUCACUAGUGAACUUGGGGAGAGAUUGGCCUCUGCCCUAGGUGGUGAUGUGAUCAAAGAACCUUUGGAGGGAAACCAGCCUCAGGCCAGUGGGUAGGACCUGGGGAGCAGGAGGCCUGAUGUCUGUCCGAGGGUGAUGGUGGUGUUGAACUGCCCUUGUUAAAGGGCCCUUUUGGGGGCUGGUGUAUCUGAGUAGCUUUGUAUUCUUCCAGCCCUUUGUGUGUCUCCUGAGCACUUCCUAGCAUAUAGACAGCAGUCUCCAGGCUGCUGCAGGUGGGGUGUGGGCAGGUGGUUGUGGUUGUCAUGCUGAGAGUUUCAACCCCCUCCUCACAGGGCCCACUGCCAUUUGGUGUCUCCCCUCACAGCUGUACUUGAGGCUGUUUUUUAGACUAACUGAACCCUAGGAGUAUUGGAGCGCCCAGUAUUAAAGGGGCUGUCCCAUGCCCUGAGAGCAGUCUGGGGAGGCAUGCACUAGGAGGCUCAGGACUUGGGUCUCAGCCCCAGCUCUGCCACAGUUUUGCUCUUUGACACAAAGUAGGUCAUAGCUCAACUCAGAGCUAAAGUUUUCUUAAUAGCCAAGCGUGUGUGUAGCCUCAGCUCUCAUUCUCUUGAACAAACUGACUGCCAGAGCGGGGUACCCUCCCUCAACAGAAGACCUGCCUUGGCUUCCCAUUGCCCAUAGUCCUGUGCCCUACCUGCCCUUUGGGGCUAUGUACCAUGGGCCGCGCAUGCUGCUGCAGCCUCACCAUCCAUUUCUGAAACUUGCCAUGCCCUUUCACCUCAGCCUCACCAUCCGUUCCUGAAACUUGCCCUGCCCUUUCACCUCUAUGGGCCUUUGCAUAUGCCUCUACCUGGAAUGCUUUCUCUUGCUUUCACCGCCUCUGCCUAGUCACCCCCCAGAUUUGGCUUUGCUCACCUCCUCCAUGAAGCCUACCGCAGCCCUCCACCCCAGCGGCUUGCUGUGCUGAGGUCUUCUAUAUUAGGAGCGGCAGCCAGGGCUCUCAGCUUGGGUGGUUUAGCAGAUGAGCGGAGGCUUUGGAGUCAGGCAGUCCGGAUUUCAACACAGUGCUGCGCCCUACUUGCUGUGCGACCUCAGGCGAAUUGCUUCACCUCUCUAAGCUUUGUUUUCUCAUCUCUGAGUUGGCGCUCAUAAUCACUAACCAGAAUUCUCAUGCUAUUUUAAGGACAUCAGCGACAGAAGCAGGGAAUCUAAUGAGACAGAUCGUGGGGAGGUCUGAGUUUGCAGAGCCCACAGCUUCCUUUGCUUUCAUUAAAGAAUGGGAGGUGGGAGCUGAUGGAGGGGGAGGGAGAAACCAUCAACCCGUCUCCCCCAUCGUACGGGCAAGGGCCAGGCUUAUAGUAGGUGCUGACGUUCAGAGUAGAAACUCCUUAAAGAGUGAAUGAAUGAUUGAAUGAAUGAAGGCAGCUGGUUUCUGAACGUGGAUGUAGCCAUUUGACAGACUGCGCGCAGUGGCUGAGGGGGAAAGCCCCGCCCCGCGGAGCCCCGCCCCCAGGCCGCAGGCCCUCGCAUCUCCUAGCAACCGCCAAACGGAGCUGAGUGGCUGGGCCUCCGGCCCUCCCUGCACCCGCGGACGCUCCUUUCAGUCUUGGAGUCUCUUCGCCGAGGUGGCUGUGGAUCUGGUGCGGGAGUUGCCGCCGCCGUCCAACUCCCCGCUGCCACCCAGCGCAUCCGCUCGCAGGAGCGCCGGCGGCCAGCGGCGCGCUCUGCAGCAUGUCGCUGAAUGCCUGGGAGUGGGAAGAGGACCCCGCAAGCAUAGAGCCCAUCUCCUCCAUCACCAGCUUUUACCAGUCCACGAGUGAGUGUGACGUGGAGGAACACCUCAAGGCCAAGGCCAGGGCCCAGGAGUCUGACUCUGACCGCCAGUGCAGCAGCACUGAGUCCUCAUCUGAGACUGCCAGCACCUUCAGCUCCGACGUGCCCCACGUAGUCCCCUGCACAUUCACCAUCUCACUGGCCUUCCCUGUGAAUACGGGUCAUAAGGGGAAAUAUGCAAGUUUGAUUGAAAAAUAUAAGAAGCACCCUAAAACAGACAGUUCUGUUUCAAAGUUACGUCGUUUUUACCACAUCGAGUAUUUCCUUCUGCCGGACGAUGGAGAACCUAAAAAAGUUGACAUAUUGCUAUUUCCAAUGGUGGCCAAAGUGUUCCUGGAGUCAGGAGUAAAGACUGUGAAGCCGUGGCACGAAGGUGACAAAGCCUGGGUGUCGUGGGAGCAGACUUUUAAUAUCAAUGUGACAAAGGAAUUAUUAAAGAAAAUAAAUUUCCACAAAAUCACCUUGAGGCUCUGGAACUCUAAAGACAAGAUGUCAAGAAAAGUCAGAUAUUACCGAUUAAAGACUGCCGGCUUCACAGACGACAUGGGAGCUUUCCAUAAGUCAGAAGUGAGACAUUUGGUUUUAAAUCAGAGAAAAUUCUCUGAACAGGGCAUUGAGAAUGCCAACAUUGUCAAAGAAGAGUCGAAUCAGGAAUAUCCACCAGGAAAACAAGAAAAAGUAGAAAAACACCCAAAGUCUUUGCAAGGUUCUCACCAAGCAGAGCCCGAAAAUUCUUCCAAGAACAGUGAGGAAUAUGAGAAGUCCCCCAAAAUGGACGAUUCUUCCACGGUUCAAUGGAGUGUUUCAAGAACACCAACCAUUUCUUUGGCAGGAGCAAGCAUGAUGGAGAUCAAGGAAUUAAUUGAGAGUGAAUCACUUAGCAGCUUAACAAACAUAUUAGACAGACAAAGGUCUCAAAUUAAAGGAAAAGAUUCAGAGGGAAGAAAGAAAAUCCAGAGGAGACAUAAGAAGCCCCCUGCAGAAGAAGAGGCAGACCCCACGCUGACAGGCCUAAGGAAGCAGAGCGCUUUCUCCAUCCAACUGGCCGUCAUGCCGCUCCUUGCCGGAUGGCAAACUGUCAUGAGUCGUGGCAGUGAGAAGUCUGCCAACAUUUUAGAUUGCCUUUUGACUUUAAAAACAGAAGUUCCAAUCAUGACCGAGGAGCAAAAGCAGGAUUUAAAUCCCCUGACCAUAAAGAUCAAGUGUGCUUCCUGCCUUCCGUCACAGCCUGUGCCCAUUCAGGAACUAGAGAGGCUGUGCAUGCCCGUGUACUGCAAGUACCAGUUCCAUAAGACUCCAGUUCACAAGACCAAGGGGGAGCCUCAUGGAACCCACGUUUAUUUCCGGGACAUCAACGUCAUCUUCCUUGGGGCGCUGCAUCCCAGUGACCUAAGGGAGUACCUGGAGGGUCCCCCCAUGAUGGUGGAAGUUCACGACCGGGACCGCAAGUCAGAGGAGUUUUCUCAGAAGCCUGUGCUGUUUGGGGAGGACCCCCUGGAUUCAUACCUCAACUUCCGGGCCCUCAUCUCUCCCAGAGAGACAGAGAACAACCCCUUUGAGUCCCAGAACAAGAUGUGGUACCCUUAUGGGAUCGCCCAGGUCAGUUUUGCUGACCUCCUCCUUGGCCACAAGUAUUUGAACCUGGCCGUCCCCAUCCACAGCUGUGAGGUUCAGCCCACACACUGCAGCCAGGACAGCGGGAGAAGGAAGGUUGUGGGGCUUGGGGUCCCCAGAGAUGGCCACCAGCAUGGCCCAAUGCCCAUGGGCAACUACCUAGAGGCUGACUCCCAGCUCAAGUUGCGAGUGGACAUCGCGGUGCCACUGAGGGCCGGGGCCGGAGCUGCCGAUCCCGACCUCGGGGGCUCCCAGUUUGGCCGCAUCAUCUUCGUCUUUGACUUUAAGAAGGUCUCCCUGCUCCACAGCCUGCUGCAGGACAUCACUAUGAUCAACGCUAAGGCCCUUGGCCUGGACUCCUACCCCCUCAGGACCCUGCAGCAGAUCCUGUCGGCCUUCAAGAUGCGUGUGCGGGUCCAGGAGCAGCAGUACCUGGAUGUACUCACCGGCUUCCACCUGCUGGACGGGAAGACCCACCUUUUCAUCCUGGAAGGCCUGGCCAACCAAGGCUUGAAGCAGCUGUGGGAGAACCACCAAAGCUGGAUUCCCAGGUCAGAACACGGGAAAUACAAGGUGCUGUACAACUCUCAGCUGCUGUUCCGCAGCCGGCUCUAUGGGGACCUGGAGGCCAUCCUGUACCAUGUGCACCUCUUCCAGCCCACGGAGCUGCUGCUGCAGCAGGCCGUGCUUUUCCUGCGAGACACUGAGUGGAGGCGGGUCUUCCAGGCACUGACCAGGAUCCACGACAUCUGCUAUAACAGCACCACCCUCUGGGACGUGAUGGUGAGGAACCUGCUGCCCUCCUCUGCUAUGAUCAAAGACUUGAGCCAAGAGUUUGGGAUGCCCCUUUCGCAAGAAGAACUCACAGAUGAGAAACUGUUCGCCCUACCACCUCAGCCCACCCCCAAUCUUGAGGACUACCACGGUCGGGACUCCAGCCUCACCUUAGAGAUCCACGCCCACCAGGAGAAGUACCUGCAGUGGCGGAGUGCCAUGCUACUGAAGAACAAAGACAAAAAGCACAGUUUCAUCCAGAAAAACAUCACAGAAGCCUACCAGGUCAGCAAGAAGCCUCCAAAGUCCGUGGCGAAGGUGAUUAAAAUUUCAGCCCCUGCCAACAAGGCCGUCUACAACUAUAGUAUCCAGACCAUGAAUUCUACAGAGCUUGCCAAGAAGCAGCUGUAUCAAGAGAUGGCCAAGGCAGGAAGAAGAAAAGGAAUGGCCCCAUCUCCUGAACAGCACAGACCCUCCCACAGCCACCGCAUGGUGAACUUGCACAGCCUCCCCCACAGCCUCUCCCUGCAGGACCUUUGGAUACCCCCUCAACUGGCCCAGCCCUCCCCCACACCCGCCCACACCCUCCUCAACAAUUAACUUCAUUAAAGUGCAGCAGGACAGAUGCCAGCAGCCAGGCCCUGUGUGAGGCUAGGCUGGACUCACCUCAUGGUCGUGGUUGCGUAGCCCGAUGCGGAUGGAGCGACUGGCCCGCGACAGCACAGCCGUCAUGCCAUAGAGGUUGAUGAGGAUGUUGGCCACCCGCUUCAGCACCAGCUGCUCCUCCAUGAUUGUCUGGGAUCACAGAGGCUCUGAGUGGGGACUCACUACCUAGACCAGUCCCCCACACGGUCCCUCCCUGGGCUGCUGUCUUAGUUUCCUGUGUUCUCUGCCUGUCUUAGUUUCCUGUGUUCCUUGAGAAAGUGGAGCCAAUAAAGCCUUUCCCUUCAGGUCAUGGGAGAAUGGCUCCCAGCCA